CAUACGCACAUCUCUGGUGCGGGUGUGUCAGAUUUCACUCCGGAGUUUUUCAUCACUUGGAGGCCGUUGGUUUAUCGGCUUGUCCAACUAUAAAGCAGGUAAACAGAAUGGAUCACCGCUGGGUCUGUUUGAGUAUCUCCCUGGCAUUACUGGCGGGCACGGCGAGAAGCCAAGAUCCGUGCAUGCCCAGCGACUACAUUGAACUGAAUCAGGCAUGGCGGAACGUCCAACAGGUCAACGAUGGCAGCGAGGAUAGGUGUGACCGUGGGUUUGCCGGAGAGUGGUACCGCUUCACGGGUGCUGCGGGAAAUGCCAUGCCGACACAGGCACCACCCAGCCAUUACAGGUGCGGUACCGACGCCCCGAUGUGGAUGAACGGGCAACAUCCCACCCUUGCUGACGGUGAAGUCUCCCGCCAGGCGUGUGCGUACUGGAACGGUAACCCCUGUCACGAGCAAACAACAAUCCAGGUGCGGGCCUGCAGCGGCGGCUACUUCGUGUAUAAACUCCCCAUAGUUCCUGCGUGCGCCGUGGUCUACUGUGGCGUGUGCUCGCCCAACCCGUGCCACGCCCGGGCCACCUGCACAUAUAUCACCCCUUCACUGGACGCAACUUGUACCUGUAACACAGGAUAUACAGGAGAUGGUCGCGCUGACGGAACUGGAUGUUCAGCCUGCUCGCCCAGCGACUACAUUGAACUGAAUGAGGCAUGGCGGAACGUCCAACAGGUCAACGAUGGUAACCAAAAUAUGUGUGACCGUGGGUUUGCUGGAGAGUGGUACCGCUUCACGGGUGCUGCGGGAAAUGCCAUGCCGACACAGGCACCACCCAGCAACUACAGGUGCGGUACCGACGCCCCGAUGUGGAUGAACGGGCAACAUCCCACCCUUGCUGACGGUGAAGUCUCCCGCCAGGUGUGUGCGUCCUGGAGCGGUAACCCCUGUUUCAGGCAAACAACAAUCCAGGUGCGGGCCUGCAGCGGCGGCUACUUCGUGUAUAAACUCCCCAUAGUUCCUGCGUGCAGCCUGGUCUACUGUGGCGUGUGCUCGCCCAACCCGUGCCACGCCCAGGCCACCUGCACAGAUAUCACCCCUUCACUGGACGCAACUUGUACCUGUAACACAGGAUAUACAGGAGAUGGUCGCGCUGAUGGAACUGGAUGUUCAGACAUCAACGCCUGCUCGCCCAACCCGUGCCACGCCCAGGCCACCUGCACAGAUAACCCCGCCCCUUCACUGGACGCAACUUGUACCUGUAACACAGGAUAUACAGGAGAUGGUCGCGCUGACGGAACUGGAUGUUCAGACAUCAACGCCUGCUCGCCCAACCCGUGCCACGCCCAGGCCACCUGCACAGAUAACCCCGCCCCUUCACUGGACGCAACUUGUACCUGUAACACAGGAUAUACAGGAGAUGGUCGCGCUGACGGAACUGGAUGUUCAGACACCAAUGUCUGCUCGAACUCGCCCAACCCGUGCCACGCCCAGGCCACCUGCACAGAUAACCCCGCCCCUUCACUGGACGCAACUUGUACCUGUAACACAGGAUAUACAGGAGAUGGUCGCGCUGACGGAACUGGAUGUUCAGACAUCAACGCCUGCUCGCCCAACCCGUGCCACGCCCAGGCCACCUGCACAGAUAACCCCGCCCCUUCACUGGACGCAACUUGUACCUGUAACACAGGAUAUACAGGAGAUGGUCGCGCUGAUGGAACUGGAUGUUCAGACACCAAUGUCUGCUCGAACUCGCCCAACCCGUGCCACGCCCAGGCCACCUGCACAGAUAACCCCGCCCCUUCACUGGACGCAACUUGUACCUGUAACACAGGAUAUACCGGAGAUGGUCGCGCUGACGGAACUGGAUGUUCAGGUAUUGUGGCAAAAACAUGA